AUGAACACAAAGUCGCCCAACGUAAGCCACAUCAAUGCAGAUGGAGGGGAUCUGGAGACGGAGGAGCUUCUUACCAUUGUCAGAGAUCUGGGGGAACAGAUAGACAAUCUCGAAGAAGUGCCUGAUGCUGCAAAGGAACACAGAGACGACAUCAAUGGGGGUCGUCGUGACCUUCCCGUCUGGGUAAAAGUCGAGAUGCAAGGUCUGUUCAAGCCGUUGAGCAAGGACUUUGCCACGUCGAACGACAAUUUUCAGCUCGAGCGGGGGACCAUCGAAGCGGUGCGCGCGCUCGUGCGCGCGGGGCAGAACAUGGUGGACGUCGGCGCGUGCGUUGGCGGGUACACGGCGCUGUUCGCGCGCGCGGUGGGACCCACCGGGCGCGUUCUGGCGGUCGAGGCGAACCCGCGCCUGGCGGGCCUGCUCGCGCGCUCGGUGGAGGAGUCCCUGGCGGUGAAAGUCGAGAAUAAAGCUGUCGGGGACGGAGACAGGAAGAUACCGGUAACUCUCGUGUGA